GGCCAGAGUUGAGGACAACGGUGGACAGACUGGGGCUGUGUGGUGAUGUUGUCUGAUGUAAUGGAGACUUCAGAGGGAAUAGAUGAAGCAGAAGGGUUGCACUAUGAAGAAAUGGAAGAAGAAAAUGAUGUUAGUCCCACUGAUCUCUCAGAGCUGCUAAAGGAGGGGACCAAGGAGUCCCAUGAUCGUGCAGAGAACACUCAGUUUGUCAAAGACUUCCUGAAAGGGCAGAUCAAGAAGGAGCUCUUUAAGCUAGCAACUGUAGCACUCUACUUCACCUACUCUGCCCUAGAAGAAGAAAUGGACAACAACAAGGACCAUCCAGCAUUUGCACCUCUCUACUUCCCUCUGGAACUUCAUCGAAAAGAAGAGUUGGCUAAAGACUUGGAAUAUUUUUAUGGAGAAGACUGGAAAGAGAAGAUACAGUGUUCAGAGGCAACCAAGUGUUAUAUAGAUAGAAUCCAUCAAGUUGGGCAGCAUGAGCCAGAGCUGCUGGUAGCCCAUGCUUACACACGUUACAUGGGGGACCUGUCAGGGGGGCAGGUGCUGAAAAAGGUGGCCCAGAGGGCCCUAAAGCUACCCAGCUCUGGGGAAGGGAUCCAGUUCUAUGUAUUUGAGAAUAUUUCCAAUGCACAGCAGUUCAAGCAGUUCUACAGGGCAAGAAUGAAUGCCGUGGACUUGGACAAGAAAACCAAGGAGAAGAUUGUGGAGGAAGCCAAUGCAGCAUUUAAAUUCAACAUGCAGGUGUUUGAUGAAUUGGACAAGAUCGGUGCACUGCUAACAGAAGAAGCCCAAGAUGGAGGCCUCCCUGUACAUGAUGGGAAAGGAAACCUGCACAAAUGCCCCUACUAUGCUACGAAACUAGGUAAGGGGGAUGCCAGCUGCCCGUACCAUAUUGCCAUGGCCAUGCUGAAGCAGCCUACCAUGCAGUUCAUUCUUGCAGCUUGCAUCGCCAUGGCAGCAGGAGUUGCAGCCUGGUAUGUGAUGUGACGGAGUGACGUUACAUGGCAUCAUCCAUUGGCAGAAGAUGUGCGCACACUUUUUUGGGACUGCUCCCCUACUAUUGGUGGAGUUUUUAAUGCAGGAUUUAAGUAAGAAAAUAAUAAACCAGAAUCUUCAGUGAA